AGAGGACGGGAACCUAUAAUGAAUCGGAUUGAAGUGGUAACUUUCACUGCUAGUGGAGUUGAUAGGGAGUUACAAGAGGACGACGGUGAAACUGCAGAAUUCCCAUGUAUUAUAAACAUCAAAGCUGCCAAAGUUGUUGUUGAACAUACAAUAUUUUGGGAGCGAAAUGGGACACGCCUGGCAGAUGAUGAUAAGUACAAAAUAACCAACACUACUCUACAAAUCUCUAAACCAACACGUGAAGAUUUAGGAGCAUAUCAAUGCGUUGUAGUUAUGUUCCCUACUUCCAUGGUGGAGAAACAGACUGUCCGUAUCAAUCCAUUCUUCCUUAAAGCAAGUCCAAAAAUAGAAUCUCAUGACAGCGAUAAGAAUAUGGUUCUGGGUGAUAACCUCGAGCUAAAAUGUAAAGUUUCUGGCUACCCUACACCGAUUGUAUCUUGGUUCAAAGAUGAGAAAGAGAUUAAAACUACCAGUAGGAUUCAUAUCCUUGAAAAUGAGGGUGCAAUGGGCAAGUUGAUGAUUCAUUCUCUUGAAGAUGAAGAUGAAGGUAUCUAUAAAUGUCUUGCUAAAAAUGAAGUGGUACCUUUCAAUGCAGAUGCAAAGAUGACAGUUAGAGUGGAAGGGCAGUAUGUUAUAGAUCUAACGAUUGUUCCAGAAAAGACAUAUAUGCUAACACUUGAAGGAGCCGAAUUAAGACUGGAUUGUAUCGUACACUUCAAGGGAACACCUUAUGUGAAAGCUAUUUUUUAUAAAGAUGGCACCAUGCUUCCAGUGGGUACUUUUGGUGGAUAUCAUGUUACUGUAAAUGAAACAUUUAUUGCGUCACUAAAGUUAUAUAGGACCACAACAACAUUAAUAAAAAAUGUCACUGAUGCAAGUGACAGGGGGAAGUAUCAAUGUCGCGCCCAAAAAGCUACAGGCGAGGGAAUGUACAGUUCGAUUGAAGUUAUAACCUUCACUGCUAGUGGAGUUGAUGUGGAGUUACAGGAGGAGGAUGGAGUAACUGUGGAAUUUCUAUGUAAUAUAAACAUCAAAACUGUCCUAGAUAUCGAACACACAAUCUCCUGGGAACGAAAUGGGACACACAUUGUAGAGGGUGAUAAAUACGAAAUAAGCAACAAUACUCUGCAAAUUUCCAAACCAACACGAGCAGAUUUGGGAGCAUAUCAAUGCAUUGUAGUUAUGUUUCCUACCUCUAUGGUGGAGAAACAGACUGUCCGUAUCAAACCAUUUUACCUAAAAGCAAGUCCAAAAAUAGAAUCUCAUGACAGUGAUAAGAAUAUGGUUACGGGUGAUAACCUCGAGCUAAAAUGUAAAGUUUCUGGUUACCCUACACCAAUUGUAUCUUGGUUCAAAGAUGAGAAAGAGAUUGAAACUACCAGUAGGAUUAAUAUCCUUGAAUAUGAGGGUGUAAUGGGCAAGUUGAUGAUUCAUUCUCUUAAAAAUGAAGAUGAGGGUAUCUAUAAAUGUCUUGCUAAAAAUGAAGUGGUACCAUUCAAUGCAGAUGCAAAGAUGACA